CGAGAGACAGGCAUCAGGGGAAAAAAAGGGACACCACACUGGUGGGGAAGAAAAUAGAGAUAGUGAGACGGACGCCGAAGACGAGAAAGGGGGAUCUCUGGACUGGCUUAUCCUCAGCAACCCGGAGACCCCAUCCAAAAUGUAUCGGUCUACGAAAGGUGCCUCCAAAGCCAGAAGAGACCAGAUCAAUGCAGAGAUACGAAACUUGAAAGAUCUUCUUCCUAUCUCUGAAAGUGAUAAAGUCCGACUUUCAUACCUGCACAUCAUGUCCCUAGCAUGUAUAUACACCAGGAAAUCUGUGUUCUUCUCACAAGGUAAGGACUCAGUAAAGUAUUAUUGCAAUGUCUUGUGAAUGCACUCAAUUGAAUACAACUCCUUAGAAUAAGAUUGUAAUAUCAGUCAUUGCAAAAGAAUAAGUUACCAUGGAUCAUCUUGAGUACAAUAUUCUUUAUCCUUGGUGUCCUUUCCACCUGUUGCUACCAGUUGUUCUUUCCCCUAUAGGUUUACCGACUUCUUGUUUGCUAGACAUUUUCACAAACAUGCAGUUUGUCAUAGAAAUAAAAUUGGUGUGAGUGCAUGAGUGCAGGAAACUACCUUUCCUCUACCAACAUUGAUAGGUAUCCAUGAGUCAGUUUUUGCUGCUUCUUCUUGCUGUCCAUGGUGCUGAAACCUAGUAUUUCUUACUCAUGUUCAAUCUCUCUCCAAGGUUCUGAAAACUCUAGAUAAUUUAAUAACGUAGAGAUAUGCAUUCAUGCUCUAUAAUUAUGUGCGCAAAGAUAGUAAUGAAUUAUAUACACUGUUGUCAUGUUAACAAUAUGACCAAGCAAUUAAGUACAUUUAUGAUCUUUUUUUGUCUACCUAACAGGUGAACAGGCAAAAGAACUGGAAGGUCUCCUCUCCAGUGAAGACUUACAGGAUUUUAUUCACAGCCUCCCUGGGUUCCUGCUCACAUAUACAAGUGAAGGAAAACUAAUCUAUGUGUCAGAAAACGUGACUGAUCAUUUAGGACAUUCAAUGGUGAGUCACCCAUUCUCUAUUUCACAUCGCACUUAUCAGCGUUCAAUUUAAUGCAACUGUUAGUAGCAUAUCAAAACAUUUUGAGUUGAUGAUUGUGUGAAGACAACAAUUGUCUGUUAGUGAUCUCUACAGGAAUUAUAAUCCUGCCAUUAGUAGAGAAGUUUAAGAAGUUUUAAAUAAAAAUAUUUUUCCAAUACACUGAUAUUAAAUACUGUCCUCUUGUUUUUUUUUUUCAUUUAGAUGUCAUAUGUAAUUUGUAGUUAAUUAUCUAGAACAACUAGUUAGUUAAUGAAUUAACUGUAGAUAAAUCAACUGUAGUACCUCUUCAAACCUGAGGGGGGCUUGUUUAAGCUCAGUUCAUUUUGUUACACUUUUGAGCUUUACAAAAUGAGUAACAUUGAGUUGGUGAGAUUGACCAUCUGCAUAAUUCCAUAGUCAUGAAAUAAAAUCUUGUUACAACAGAUUGUUCAAUAUACUCUUGAUAUUUCUUUCCCAGAUUGAUUUGGUGGCACAGGGAGACAGCAUUUAUGAUAUCAUAGACCCUUCUGAUCAUUUUGUCAUGAGGAACCAGCUUGCCAUGCCAUCCUCUCUUGAUAAUGGUAAGUAAUCUAAUGUAUGAUAUGUGCAGCUUUGCUGUGUACCAACCUGCCAUUCAGGAUUUGGACUUUCAUAGAUAACAUAAUGCAGACAGUGCCCCCUUUUAAUGUUCUUUAAGUGUGUAACUUACAGUAGCAAUAUUUUUGUUAAUAAUAUUAUUAAACUAGAGCACAAGAGUACUAAAAAAAUCUUGGAAAUUCUCUAGUCAGUAAAUUUGGAGAAAAAGAAAGCUAAAAAAACCCAACAACAUUUAUUUUAAUUUUAUUCAACUAUAGCAGCUUAGAAGAAAUAGUGUAAAAGGGAAAACGUGUGUGAAAAAAAAUUCAAUUAUUUUAAUGUUAAUUUUUACAAUGAAAUGUGUCCUUCACAGAGCGAAUGUUCAGAUGCCGAUUUAAUACAUCAAAGACAGCAAGAAGGCAGAGUGCUGGAAACAAGCUAGUCUUAAUCAGAGGAAGAUUUCAACCAUCACCGGCUGGUACCUACUGGUCAUCUAAUCCAGUCUUCACAGCUUUCUGCAUUCCUCUUGACCCAAAGCCAAGAGUAACUCAUACUCAUUUCCUGGUGGAUUUCUUUGAAAGUCGACAUGCAAAGGACCUUUCAGUGAUUGAUGUGCAAGACAGGUAAAGACUAAAUCUAAAUAUUCAUAUUAAUCUAUGCCUUCUAUAAUUGUACUCUAUUAUAUUGUUCUAAAGAAUUUUCAAUAAUAUAAUAAUGUUUUCUUCUUUUAGUGCCUUGCUUCACUUGAGUUAUGAAAAAAAUGAGCUGCUCGGCAAGUCAUGGUACAAUCUAAUUCAUCCUGAAGAUCUCACCCACCUCUCCACGCAACAUUACAGAUUAUGUAAGUUUCUUGUGCUGAAAAUGGGUGGGGGUCAAUAUGCAGUCUAUAAAUGCAUAACAUGUAAACAUGUAAACACCGUAAUCAAUGUUAUUAAUUUUUUACAUUUUCCUGCAGUGAAUGAGUCUGGGGAAUCAAAAGCAGAAGUUGUUGUACGUCUGCAGAGACGAGAUCAUCAGUGGACCUGGGUGUAUUCCCUCCUAUUACUGGAGAACACUGAGGCCCCUAUUAUAUCAUAUAAUUAUAUAAUAAGGUAAGCCUUUAUAUAACCAAAUAUUGUAAAUGUCUAACAUGCAAAAUUAAAAUCAUUACUCAUUUUUAUUCAUAUGUUUUAAUGUAAAAAAUGCUUUCUUUUCAAUAGUGAGGCUGAAGCCUGGUGCCUAAGACAGCAACUGACAUCAGAGGAGACACCAAUUUCGUUCUCUACUGGUGGUCCUCCCUCUUACCAGGACACCCUUCUUUCUCCAGGAGACAUUUCAAGCCCAGACCAGGUGUUUACUCCUCUUGCAAAUACGCCUACAAGCAUUGGACAAUCUUUUGAGUUUUCUGAGACUGUGCCAGUAAGCCCAGAAGAUCCAAUGAUGGGUCAGAGUAGUGCCCCACUUGUAGAAGACACGGCUGCCACUGAAACACAAUUAGAAAAUCAAUCACUCUUUACGCUCUUCCAAUCAACACCAUAUGAACAGAGUUUUAGAAGAGAUCAGCUUGGAACACCUGCUCCCAAAGACUUUACCUGCACUCCUCCUUAUACACCACACCAAAAUUUCUCUUUCCUCUUUGGGGCUUCAGAAAGUGCCAGUCAAACAACAUCUGAUCAAGACUCCACCACCCUUACACCAGAACUGUAUUAUUCUUACUGCAGCUCCCUCUAUGAGAAGCUGCCCCCAACCCCAGACAGUCCUGGGGAUGGUGGUGACUGCACUGUCAUGACAGUACCUGAAAUUCCAGGCCCAUUAUUUGUGGACUUGCCAAUGCUUCCAGAAGGUUUAAUGACACCAGAGACCUCUCCCAUUAACCAGGCAAUCUUCAACUAUUCAGAACAAGAGAAAAGUGAGAUUGAUCUGUUGGUCAAGCAGAUAGGUUCAUUGGCUAAUGUUUUUAGUAAUGUUAUCACCAAGGAAAUCCCUUGUACAGAUAGCAUGAUGUUGAGUGGCCAUGGACUGGCAUGCCGAAGUGUAUCCCUCCCUAAUAGUCUACCAGAUGCCGAUGUUUCACCUCAGUUACCUCGAUCCUGGAAGAGUAUCGACCUGUCUCUCUUCUUGGCAUGUCAAGAGCAAUCCCUCCCAGCCGGUAGCCACCCGGUCUGCAGCCUUUUUAAAGACUAUCCUGAUUCACCACCUUUUGUAGCCCAGGGGUCUCCCUGCAUAACCCUGGAUGAAGAUGAAGUAGGAGGGAACCUCUCCACAUCUCCAUCCAUGACUUCGAAUGUGACGACUGAUCUGUCGCCAGAAGAAUGUAACUUCUUAGAGGAACUGAUGUCCUACAAAACAGACCUUGAGGCAGGUGCCUCAGAGAUUCCAUGUGACCAGUUUAAUGAUGAGUUGUAUCAACUCCACAUUCAGCUGCAAGACGACUUCCAGCAAGGUGAGACACCACUGCGGGUGGACUUUUUCUUGAUAUGUACUGUUAUGAAACAUUAUCGUGAGCUAUGAUUAUUACGAUAGUGAACUAUAAAAUGUCUAGGAUAAUUUAUGACCAGUGAUUGUUUUUUUCCAAUCACAGCAGCCUUCACAAGUGAUGGCUGUGGGAUCAGCCAUUAAUCCAUGGAGGCUCCCAUGAUUUCGUGGGGUUCUCCAAAGACCUCAGUGUUAUGCUCUCAUGAUUAAGCAAGAGUACAGCACUGACAUGGCUCCCAGCAAAUGAAGCACUAGGAGAUGAAGAACACCAUAAGGAAGACAAUGGUGGAGGCCACCAGUAAAAUCUACCUUUCUCUGCAUCCCAUGGCCUGCGCACCCAUAUCAGAUCUGUCACUUUCAGGCCUCUUUGCAAAAUAUGAAAAGGCCUCUAAAAUUGACAGAUCGGCUUUAACUAUUAUAGUUCAAAAUUGAAAUAUGACCCUAAAAGAAAGGUGGUUAAUGAAUAGAAAUAUAAAAUGCAUUAACAAGUGUAAUGUAAAAUUUGGUGAUUUAGUGACAAUGCUUUUGUCUGCAAGUAGAUAAAAUAUACUAAUUCUCUUUUAUCUUUUUUUUUUCUUCUACAGAUGGAAGUGGAAAACCUUCGUUUUGAAAUAAGUCUGUGACUUACUUCGAUAUGUAUGGCAUAUUGUCAUAUCUCAAGCAGAUUUUUUUCUGCCUUAUAUAGAACAAAAUAACAAAACACACAAGAAAGGGGAGAAAAAACGACUUUCUGCGUCGUACAUCUCUCCUGUUCCUCGCUAAAUGUUUUGUUCCUUUUAUCUCUUUCAUUCUUCUGUUCUCUUUUUCUGGAUUUUGUGCACGUUUAACAUGAUACAGAUAGAUAUAUCUUCUUUUUUUCACUUGAAAUAAAUGAAAAGCAAUGGCCCAUCCUUAUGUAACUAGUGUUAUGUAACCUGAUUACAUCCAAAAUCAGGUUACAAUUUUAAAAUUCAACAGCUAUUAUAACAUAAAUUGAUUAUAAGUCUCAGACAAUCAGU